CGUAAGCCCCGCUUCCUCACCCUGGCAACGGGCGGGUGACUACUUCCGGUGCUGUGAGGGCUCGGGGCUGACGCGGGGUAAUUCUUCUCCUGCAAUUACUUUUGGAUGGAAGUAUGCACUUUCCCCAAUAGAAGAUGGUAAUCUCAGAGAAUGACCAUGGAGAAGGGGAUGAGUUCUGGAGAAGGGCUGCCUUCCAGAUCAUCUCAGGUUUCGGCUGCUAAAAUAACAGUCAAAGAGUUGGAAACAAAGCAAUCCCAUAAGGAGAAGCGAGGGGGCUUUGUGUUGGUACAUGCAGGUGCAGGUUAUCAUUCUGAGUCCAAAGCCAAGGAAUAUAAACAUGUAUGCAAACGAGCUUGUCAGAAGGCAAUUGAAAAGCUACAGGCUGGUGCUCUUGCUACAGAUGCAGUGACCGCAGCUCUGGUGGAACUCGAGGAUUCUCCAUUUACAAAUGCAGGAAUGGGAUCUAAUCUAAAUCUCUUGGGUGAAAUUGAAUGUGAUGCCAGCAUAAUGGAUGGAAAAUCCUUAAAUUUUGGAGCUGUUGGAGCACUGAGUGGAAUCAAGAACCCAGUUUCAGUUGCAAACAGACUCUUGUGUGAAGGGCAGAAGGGCAAGCUCUCGGCUGGCCGAAUUCCUCCCUGCUUUUUAGUUGGAGAAGGAGCCUACAGAUGGGCAGUAGAUCAUGGAAUACCCUCUUGUCCUCCUAACAUCAUGACCACAAGAUUCAAUUUAGCUGCAUUUAAAAGAAACAAGAGGAAACUAGAGCUGGCAGAAAGGGUGGAAACAGAUUUCAUUCAACUAAAGAAAAGAAGACAAUCAAGUGAAAAGGAGAAUGACUCGGGCACUUUGGACACAGUGGGCGCUGUAGUUGUGGACCACGAAGGGAACGUUGCUGCUGCUGUCUCCAGUGGAGGCUUGGCCUUGAAGCAUCCAGGGAGGGUUGGACAGGCUGCUCUGUAUGGAUGUGGCUGCUGGGCUGAAAACACUGGAGCUCAUAAUCCCUACUCCACAGCUGUGAGUACCUCAGGAUGUGGGGAGCAUCUUGUGCGUACCAUACUGGCUAGAGAAUGUUCACAUGCUUUACAAGCUGAAGAUGCUCACCAAGCACUGUUGGAGACUAUGCAAAACAAGUUUAUCAGUUCGCCUUUCCUGGCCAGCGAAGAUGGCGUGCUUGGAGGAGUCAUUGUUCUCCGAACUUGCAGAUGUUCUGCAGAGUCUGACUCCUCCCAAGAUAAGCAGACACUUCUAGUGGAAUUUCUGUGGAGCCACACAACAGAGAGCAUGUGUGUUGGAUACAUGUCAGCCCAGGAUGGGAAAGCAAAGACUCACAUUUCAAGACUCCCUCCCGGUGCAGUGGCAGGACAGUCCGUGGCAAUCGAAGGUGGGGUUUGCCGCCUGGAGAGCCCAGUGAACUGACCCUCAGGCUGAGCAUGAAGCGUCUGAGAGGCAUUUCAGAACCUGAGCUUUUCGGGGUUUUUAACUGAACUUGGAUGUUUUAUCUUCGCCAUUUUAUAAUUCCUGUUGCAGCCUCGUGCACUGCUCGCGACACUAGUGCUGCCGUGGUUAGCGCUUAGUGACAUGCAGGUCUUCGGCAGGUGACGGGACUGAGUGUGCGUGUGUAUGUGCGUGUGUGUGCAGUGCGUGUGCUUGCUUCUCCCCUGAUGAAAUAGAAACUCCUUACUGUGUAACCUAAGACCGGGAAUGACUAAAUCAUCUUCACAAAAUGUGUGCUUUACUGUUUACAAGUAAAACCUAGAGUUGCAGGAAACAUUUUUGAUUUCAUAAAGAGGUACCAGCUGUUGUUGAUGUAAUGUGUCCGAACUGAAGAGUAAAUCUACUUGUUUAAAUGAUUUGACAGUGGUAGUGCUCCAUUUAAUAACAGUAAUAAGUGAUACAGUGUUUUAUUUGUUAACCAGUUUAAGUGGAUCCUGUGGUAACUUAAACUGUUAUUCUCAUCCCUCAUAUGGGGCAUUUUUCUUUAACAAAGAAUGGUUUCAGUGAAACAAUCUAGCAGAGAAUUAAGGUCAGAACCUUUUUAAAUAAUAGUCUUAUUGAUAAAGUUUGUACUUCUUUCCUCAAGCUUUUCUAAGCUUAAAUACUGCAUAUCUUCGAGCUAUAUGUACUAUAUUAUGAAAGAAUAUGUAAAGAGAACAUACAGUAAUGCACAGUCCCUAAUUUGUGUAUAAUGGAAUGUUAUUUACAAUGUAACACUGUAAAUAAGAAAGCAAAAUUUAUGGGAAAAUUCAAUAUUAUCUUUGUUUCCUGUUUAAAUAUAUUUUUAAGAUAAAGGCACAAAAAUAAAAGAAGCAUAUUACUGGGUACAGUGUGUGACUCCUCUUCUCAGACUAAUAAAUUAAUCUUUUGAAUCCUAGAUUGGAGAGCCAUUUUUUAUUUUGUUUGUAAAAAGUUACUUCUUCCAGAAAUCAUCCCUUUAUCUUUGUUGCUAUGAUUCUGAUAGUUCAAAACCUGUCUUUGUGCAGUUAGGCCUGGACACUAACAUGAUGAAAGUUGAACUUAGCUCAUGAUUGAAUGGCCAGUAUCAAAAUCCCUAAAAUGUUUAUUGUGAGUUGAUAAAAACUAACAAAGGGAAGGAGUAAGACCGCUUUGGUUUGAAAAACUGUAGUGGCAGCUGAAAACUCAAUGGUUUCAGCUGAUAAAUUGCUUCUAAAUGUUAUAGUUAGUGAUUCUGGAGCCACAUAAGAAAACCAAGACUUUUCUUUUGAUUUUAUGUGUAAGAAGUGGCUAUCAAGAAGAUACUAAAGAUAGACUCACUCAGGGAGAGGAAGUUCCCUGCACCAUAUAAUCAUGGCUCGGGCGGUAACUGAUAAAGCCCCAGAUGAAAUUAUAUACUUGACAUCGAUGUAUGGCCAAAUUAUAAAGGAAAGACAACCAAAAUGGAGUGGGUGUAAAUAUGAAUGAUUUGGGAGUUGCUGAUUUAUAUUCCUUGUACAGGCAAUUACAUUUGUCUCGCUGUGUUCUCGUAGACAGGUUGGUGCCAUGAUAUCUGUUUCUCAUUCUUAAUGAGGCUGAGAACUUAGUAAGUGAUGGGCUGGCUGGUGGGGAGCCUUUGGCUUCAAAAGCUUUCAAAGACCUGUUACCUGUUGGCAGAGUUUUUUGAGGAACUGGACUGGAUCACGUAAAACUAUCAGGACACUUUGGAGUCUGAAAAUCAUCUGACCUAUUUCACCAGGAAUGCCAUUUCUUUUCAUCUUCUUUUGACUUUAUUCUACUCAUAUUUAAAAGUUUGGGCUUGUUAAAGACCCUUUUAUGAAGAUUUUAAAAACUGGUCAGUAUAAAAGAGCACAGCCCCUCCAAGAACAGUUUGUUAAAGCUUCAUUCUCCAAUUUCUUUUUUCUUUCUUUCUUUCUUUUUUUUUUUUUUUGUUUGUUUUUAAAUUUAAGGAAUAUUGUCAAACCAGGAGGGAAAAAAAGUGAUAUUCAGAAUCAUUGAGGCACAAACGUAAUGGGCAGUAUAAGUGCCUUAGUGAAAAGAU